AACUUGUGCUUAAUUAUCUUCUACGACCACCGUUGUCAACAUUUUUCUUCAGAUCCCAAAGAGGAAAGUGUAUUUUGGAAUUUUUAGCAAGAUUUCUCUACGAGACGCAAGUAUUUAUCUACAACCAUUUCGAAAUUCGAGCAGGCCCAGAAGGGAAUCUAUUUAACUCUUUCCAGUAUUUCCGAGAGGUUUUGAUGAGAUCCAGAUAAGUGAACUAAUCUAUGAUUGCGAAGGAACUUCUACUACUUUUUGUUUUUUGCGGAGUGGAAUUUACCUCUGCUGUAUCGGAACAAUGGGAACAGAGAUCGCAAUGCCGUAACCAGACGGUAGUUUGUCCUUGCAAGGACAGGCGAGGAGUGAGUGGCCAUGUGCUUGUGGUAACGUGUAGUGAUCAAAACGAUCCAAAAAUUCAAGUUUGCGGAGGGAAAGCUUUAUACUCAGGGGAGUGUGGAAAAGUGUACUUUUCAUCAAAAAGGCACAGACGUGACACAGGAAAUUGUAAUAAUGGAAUCAUUCCAGGAUCCCCUCACCCCUCAGAUGAUGCAGACCCCUAUAUAAAUAUGACCUCUGGAUCUACCAUAACAAGAGAUGUGGAUGGCAGCCACAGAUUUAAAUGCAAUGUCUAUUCAAAUUUUGCGGCAAAUGUAACAUGGCUGAUUAAUGGCAUACUUAUUUCUCUGGAUUCCAAACUGAAAAGGGAGAAAUACAAAUUUGGAUCCUGCAAACGAAGUCUACAUGUCACACAAAUUUCAGAAGAGGAUGCAGGAAACUACACAUGUGUUGUGACAAAUGAGAAGGGGAAAAGUUAUUCAGCUACAGCUAAGUUGAUUGUCAAGGUACCAAGAGGCCCAGUUAUAGAGUAUGCAAAACUUGAUGGUUUGGACACAGCUUACAUUGGAACUACAGUCAACAUCACUUGUAAAAUCCAAGGCUUUGAUGGUGUGAUUGGCUAUUUCUUGAAGAAUGACAUAAUGGUAAUGGAGGAUGAUGAACUACAGAAGUAUGAAUAUUUCAAGCCAAGAGUAAUAGUUACACCUCCCAACUAUGUUUUCCAUCUGGAAAUUAAGAAUGUCACCAUGGAAGAUGCAGGAAACUACACAUGUAAAGCUUCCAAAUAUGGACUGAAAUCAACAAAACAUUUCUUCUUGAAGUUGCUAUUUUGUGAGUGUGUUGAACCAUGUCCAGCGGGUUUUUAUUGCCCUCCAGGAGGACGUGGUCGCAUUUCAUGUCCUCAAGGAACAUACCAGCCGACCACUAGUCAGACAUCUGAACAGGCCUGUAAAUCAUGUCCAGCAGGUUUUUAUUGCCCUUUAGGGGCAACUAGUCUCAUUCAAUGUCCAAUAGGAACAUACCAGCCAAACAUUAAGCAGACAUCUGAGCUAGACUGUAUAGUGUGUCCAGUCGGUUUUUACUGCCCUCCAGGAAUGGCUGAUAGCAUUCCAUGUCCUCAAGGAACAUACCAGCCAAACAUUAGCCAGACAUCUGUGCAGGCCUGUAAACCAUGUCCUUUCCUUACCAACUCAUCAAAGAAUCCAAGUGUUAUACAACCAAAUGUAUAUGAAGUUGACUGUCCAGGAGAAGAUCCAAGUAUUACAAAGUUGACUGCAACAUCACAAGCUGUCACCAAGAUUGCCACGACAGACAUGGCUGCAACAUCACAAGAUGUCAGUCAGAUUGUCAUGAUAGGCAUGGGUUGCACUUUUUUUAUUAUCAUAGUUGUAGCACCUCUAUCAUUAUUUAUUGCGAAGAAGAAACGUUGGCUGUGGUUCUCUUCCUCAAGACACAGCCAUAAUCCAGAGUGUUUCCCUUGCCAGCCAAUGUUAGAUGAGAAUGGAGAUAUAGAGAAUGCUGAGUGUGCUGAAGUUUUGAAACAGUUGCCAGAAAUAGAUUAUGAACCAAGGCAUGACGUGUUUAUAUGCUAUUGUUACAAAGAUGUUGGCUGGGUGAAAGAACUUCAUGCUGAGCUUGAAAAACGAGGUUUCGAGUGCUGUAUUGACUUUAAGACUUUCGCUAUUGGUGUACCAAUAGUGCAAAACAUUACUGAAGCAAUUUGCUACAGUAAAAAAACAAUUGCAGUACUUUCCCCAGACUUCAUUAAAAGUGAGUGGUGUACACAUGAGCUACACAAGGCGCUUUCCAGGGUGCGAUAUCAUCAGGUUGUCCCAGUUAUGUACAAGAACUGUGAAAUACCAUUUGCUCUUCAAGACACAACCUACUUGGAUUGGGAAAACUGCAAUGUGAAACCCUACUUCUGGGAACAGCUUGAAAAAGCCUUAAGGAAACCAAAUGGCGAGGCUUACAACAGAAGUCAUCCCCAAAAUGGAAAUCAAAGCUCCACAGUCUCUUCAAGUCUCUAAAUGACAGAGCCAGGUAAAUUACCUAACAUACCUAUUUACUCGUGUAUAAGUCGACUUUUGCGACCAAAAAAAAAGCCCAAAAGAUCACCCUCGAAUUAUAAACGAGUCAUACACAAAGACCUGACCUAAGCAAUCCAAUAAAUUAGCAAAACAAUAGCCGAAGUCCGUUAGGAAAACCGAGUUUACAAAAUCAGUUCCAAUUGCGUUGGAGUUUCGUCAGUUUUCAGCGCAUUCUUUGUCAACAAAAAAGUUUGAAAUAAUAAAUUUUACGAGUCUUGAAUACAAAGCUACUGGAGCUGAUUUCGGUUGUGUCUUCUGAUCUGUAGAACAGACAUUUUUUCUUACAGUUUCGUUGCUGUUUACGGUGCUGAACUUUCGUUUUCAUCGAUCAGUUGCUUAGUGACCUGGCAAAUGUUGUUGUCUCGCGCGAUCUUUUGUUUGUUACGCGCGAUCCUUCGAAGCUCUUUGGUGUUCCUUUGGUCUACUAGAUCUCCUUUCAAUCUCAACAAAUAAGAUAAAGGUUAGUUAAAUGUAAGAAGAUUCAUUUCAGUGCUAUUUACAAAAUAUGGUAAAAUACUUCUCCAGUAAAUCGAAGAGCUCAUGUGUGCUUAAUCGUGGGAAUAUAAACAAGUGCUAAUACACUUCACAGCACUCGGUUACAUUUUGCUCUACAGUUUGUUCAAUACAUUCUCAUAAAUAAGAGUUUAACUUUUUGGGAAAUUUCUAUCGGUCUGAAUUUUAUCUCCUUAACUAGAAAUGAUGAAGAAUCCGAUUUUUGUCCUUAAAAAUGGGGGGUCGACUCAUACACGAGUAAAUACGGUACUUAAUAAUAGACAUGAAAAAAUUACAUGCAUCUAGUUGGCUGAAAAUUAGUGCAUUUUACAAGUAACACAAGUGCAAAGUUGUAAAAUGAGAGCAAAUUACAAAUAGCACAUGCAUGCUGCCAAAAUUUGUCCAUUUUGACUUUCUGUGAUGCGUUUUUCAUUUAAAUUAUUAACAAGUGACAACAUGCUUUGACAAGCAAUUUAGUGCAAAUAGGCAAUUGUAAAUUUUUCAAAGAUUAGGAAUUGCCCUCAUCCUAUGAGCUUCCUGUGCAGUUUGUUGUCUUUGAAAAAUUUACUGCUGCUUAUUAACACCAAAUUGCACCCAAAAUCAUGUUAUUGCCUAUAAUUACAUAACUUAAACUACUACCAUAUCCUAGCUUGCUAAAUUUAAGUUGAAAUUGUGCCUUAAUCAUGAGGUCUGCAUUUUAUAGAGAUUUUGUACCUUCUCUACUUGUUCGUCAGGAGAAGAAAAUGCAGGUUUUUCUUAGCUAUAAUUUCUUUGGAGAUUGAGGUAUAGGUGUUCCCUUUUGAGAAAAUAUGGUUCACUGUAGGGGAGCUUUCUUAGAGGUACAUACCGGUAGGCAUUUCUUAUAGGAAUGAGUAAUAAGUAAUUGUUGUUUCUGAAAAGCCAAUGAUAAUAAUUAUCAUUAUAGAAGGCCACAUGUAGAUUAAGGGCGGAUUGAUUUGAAGCUUCAAUAACCCCCUCUGGGCAAACUCUGGGGAUUUGUCUGUUGCUUGUGCCCCAGAGGUGGUGAAUUUGAACCAUUGCUGAGUGGGGUGGAAGUUUAAAUCAGUGGAAUACACAAGGCAUUUAAAGGUAAAGACUGAGUUUGCUUUUGUGAGUGAUUGGCACAAUGGGAAAUUAUCACUUUGUAGAAUGAUGCUUCCACCAAAAAACCAAACAACAGCAUUAAAAACUUUUUUAAAUUCAACAAUUUUCCUUGAUCACACAAAGAUUCAUUCAACAUGUGUGCUUGGGUAGGGCAUUUGAAUGCAACUUUUUGUCCAGGGAAGGGGGGGAGGAGGUUGUUGAAGCUUUGAGUUGGUAGUGAGACAAUUAAUAAAGAAAGAUAAUUACUAUUAAUAUUAUUGGUAAUGCUACAAGUUAAAUAUUGAAUAUUAAAUACUAUGUUUAUUAUAUAAUACACAGUGUUUUGCAAGGAGAUGAGCAGCAGUGUUUUACAUUAUUGCACAGAAUCAUUUUUAUGAGUGUUUAAUAUCACCAAUCAGCACCUUUUGUGCCACUCAGUCAGGUUGAUGAAUGAAUGGCAAAGUUUCUACUAAUCUCAAUCAGAGAUUGUUUGUCAACUUUCCUUUUCAGCAAAGGCCUUUGUUGUUUAAAUGAUAGACAAAUAAUACAUAGUUGUUCGUAAAAAAAGAAUUUCUUCCAUAUCUCCAUAUCUUAGCGAACCCAGAACUAUUUUCUAUUUAUUUAUUUCUGAUAUUGAUUUAACUUAUUGGCUCAAAUUUUUGAUCUAGGGGAUCUCCAAACAAAUGUAAGAUUUCAUUUCAAACAAUUUUUAAAUCUUUUCACUACCAAGAACUGAAAAGACAUUCUGCUAUAAGAACUACAGUUGUACCCUUCCAACUCAAACUCAGUUUACUCAAAGCCCCUGGUAACUCAAACAAGAUGCCCUGUCCAUUUACCCCGUUAUUUAGGUCAUUUACUAUCAGCUAAGUCAAACCUUCCCUAACUUCAACUGUUCUUUGUUUCCCUUUGUAGCCCUAGUUAGCAGGUUUCUUGUGCUUUUUAAUCAGGGCAGUUCAUGAAAAGUACGUUUAUUUGAUAUACACUUAAAGUCUGGUUCCUUGGGAAACAGCUGUUUUCCCCUUCAGUAUCAAUGUUUCCUAAGACAAAGGCAAGAGAAAUAUGGAGACUCAAGGGUAAACAAAAUGGAGCUGUUUCCAGGAACCCAGACAUUACAUGCUUUGUUAUACAUGCAGAGGACAAAACCCAUUGAGUUUUCAGUAACUAGCAGAGAGCUAGUAACAAAUUGUCAUGAAGACAGCUUAAAAGUUAUUAGCCCUCAAUUUUUAUGCACAAUAGUUCACUUAAGCUUUGUUCUCGUCAACUAUCAAGCAAUGGAAAUCACAAGCUACACUGUAACAAUCUAAUUUUUUUCAUAGUAAAAGUGCACAUUUAACCCUUUAUCUCCCAGAAGUGAUUAACAUGAAACUUCUCUCUAAAUUAUCCAAACAUAUGACUGGAAAACAGGUAAUGAGAAUAUUCAAACUUAUCAGGUAUAAGUCAUUAUCCUGAUUUAACACCAAAUUCUUGUUGCUGAUUUUUCAAGGAAAUGUGUAGCAGCUAGAGGGGAGAAGUAACAAGAUGAUCUUGGGAGUUAAAGGGUUAAAGACUAGAUAAAAUUUUUUAGAUAGCUUUUACAAAUAGAUUACAAGAAAAAAGUUAAAUUUAUAAAGCCUUUAGAUUAGUUUAAGCUUGUUUUCAAAAGCUAAUGUAAAUUCUAUUCUAAACAGAUCUUUUUUUUGUUGACAAAAUUGAAAAGCAGAAAAUUAACGGAGGUCCUUUUAACCUGACAAGAAAAAUGAUUCUUAAUUCUUAAUUUCGGUAGUAAUCUAAUUUUUUGAUAGAAGUGUUAAAAUUGACUUUUAUAGAG